AUGUCGAGCGGUCACUCAGACCAUGUAUAUGAUUCUGCCACAUCAACAACUCACCACCAGUCUGCUCCGAUGAGUGAGACCGCACCCGCACGCCCGGGUUCGAUUGGCGCAAUGCCGCUCGUCUCGGGCACCAAAGACAACAACCGCAAGAUUGAAAAACAGAGCCUGGAAUAUGCGAUCAGAAGUGGUAUCGCUGGCGGGCUGGCUGGCUGUGCGGCCAAAACGGUCGUCGCACCACUCGACCGCGUAAAGAUCCUUUUCCAAGCCUCGAAUCCCCAGUUCGCCAAAUACACAGGCAGCUGGACGGGGCUUGCCCAUGCGAUUCGAGACAUCAAUCGCACCGAAGGCGCCAAAGGCCUGUACAAAGGCCACUCCGUGACCCUCCUCCGCAUAUUCCCUUACGCCGCCAUCAAAUUCCUCGCCUACGAACAAUUCCGCGCAAUCCUGAUCCCGUCCAGUGAACACGAGACUCCCGUCCGCCGAUUGAUAUCGGGCAGUUUAGCGGGCGUGACAUCUGUGUGCUUUACAUACCCCUUAGAACUGAUGCGCGUUCGCAUGGCAUUCGAAACAAGACAGUCCCACCGCUCGGGAGUGGUCGAUAUCAUGCGCCAGAUAUAUCACGAGCGCCCACGAGCCCCUCCCAGCGCCACCGCAGCUGUAGAGUCUUCAACGGUUGCCGCGGCUGAAAGCGCCGCGGCCGCUGCGAACCGACUCGCGCCGCGAAGCGGCCUUAUCAACUUCUACCGUGGGUUCGCGCCGACCAUUCUCGGAAUGCUGCCGUACGCCGGUAUCUCUUUCCUGACCCACGAUACCGUGGGCGAUCUCUUCCGCCACCCAUCACUAGCGCCUUACACCCUGAAACAAUUAUCAGACAUAGACGCAGAUCCCCGAAAAGCAGAAUUGAACAAGAAUCGUCCACUUCUCAAUGCGCCCUUCGAACUCCUCGCUGGUGCCCUUGCUGGUCUUGCUUCCCAGACAUCUUCAUAUCCCAUCGAAGUCAUUCGUCGCAGAAUGCAGGUCGGUGGUGCAGUGGGUGAUGGUCACCGGCUGGGAAUCGCAGAAACCGCUCGGAAGAUCUGGCUUGAGUGCGGGUUCCGUGGAUUCUGGGUGGGCUUGACUAUUGGGUACAUCAAGGUGGUGCCCAUGUAUGCUGUUGCAUUCUUUGUUUAUGAGCGGGUUAAGGGAUCGCUACGGAUUAGCUGA